UUCGACCAAUUGAGUUCGUUGAAUUUGUGGAUUGAUCUUCCGUCAUUUCACCGGUCUUCCUGGGACGGUCAUAAUCACAAUGUAUAGGCUUAUGCUGAAUACCCUUGGACAGGUAAAAAGCAGCGCUUUGUGGCUCCGAAGACUGUCAACAGCAAAGCAUUUACCUGUCUUAACCUUGUUCACCAAGUAUCCUUGUCCGCUUUGUGAUGAAGCAAAGGAGGUUCUUGAGCCAUAUAAACACAGGUUUGUCUUGCAAGAAGUGGACAUCACUCUGCCAGAGAACACAGUGUGGUAUGAAAGAUACAAGUAUGACAUCCCAGUCUUUCAUUUAAAUGGACAGUUUCUGAUGAUGCAUAAAGUUCAAACGCACACCCUUAUGAAGAAGCUUGAAAGUAUAGAAGAAAAGGAAAGACCAAAUCAACUGUGACAAAAUCCUGGAAAUGUCAGGAAACCCUUUUGUUAAAUAUUAUGUUGAAAGUGGUAACGUGAUUGUAGCUAACAAAAUCAUUUUACACAUUUUUCAGCUGUGCACAUCUAUUCUCUAUACAGGUCUCAAUGUGUAGUUAUGAAAUAAAUCUAUGUUUUAGCAAA